GUGAUCGGUGAUCGGGGCUGGCAGCCACCGAGUUCUCCGGUCCUCGUUGUUGUACGGAAUACUUAAGCCUUCAUCCUGUCUCGACGUUCCUGUCGACCCUCCUCGCCGCCAUCGUGAACACUCACCCACACCAGCAGACGUACGGAAUACCUUCCUGUACCUCCUACACUACCUAAGGUACCGAACAUACACCCAACCGUGCCAAGCCGCUUUCUUUGGUUCCACAAGCAUGUGCCAUGGCUUCCAACGCUAGCACUCCUGCCCCGCCCCCCCUCCGCGUUCUUAUCUCCGGCGCGGGCAUUGCCGGCCCUGCCCUCGCUUUGCACCUCACCCGCCUCCCUCCCCCGCUCAAAUGCGACAUCACAAUCGUCGAGCGCCACCCGACGCUGCGCACGACGGGCCAGCAGAUCGACCUGCGCGGGCAAGGCAUCGACGCGAUGCGCGUGACCGGCCUGGAGCCCCAGGUGCGCGCCAUCGUCGUCAACGAGCCCGGCCUGCGCUACAUGGACCGCCGCGGCCGCACCGUCGCCUACAUGGCGAGCAACAAGACGGGUAAAGGCGCGCAGACCUUCUCGGCCGAGUGGGAGAUUAUGCGCGGCGAUCUGUGCAGGGUGCUGUACGAGGCGACCGUCGGGCUGGACGGCGUGAGAUACGUGUUUGGGAAGACGGUGGAGGAGAUCGCGCAGCCGCUGGAGGCGGAGCAGAAGCGGAAGGGCCCCGUGAGGGUGCGCUUCGACGACGGGAGCGAGGGCGAGUAUGACUUGCUCGUCGGGUGCGACGGCGUCGGGUCGCGCACGCGCCGGCGCAUGUUCACCGACGGCCGCAAGGAGAACCUCCUGCACGUCGGCGCGUGGUUCGCGCUAUUCAGCGUCCCCCCGCGCGACGGCGACACCGCCGACGCGACGUACUACCACCUCCCCGGGCGCCGGACCGUCAUGACGCGGCGCGACCGGCCCGACUGCCUGCGCGUGGCCCUCGGCUACGCCGGCGACGACGAGCGGCUGUUCGAGGCGAUCCGGCACGGCACCGUCGCCGAGCAGAAGGAGGCCUGGGCCAACCUGUUCCGCCACGACAUGCACCAGUCGUGGAACAUGGAGCGCUACCUCGACGGCAUGCUGCACUCCGCCGAGGCCGAGCAGGACUUUUACACGCAGGAACUGGUGCAGGUCCGGCUGGACAGCUGGUCCGAGGGCAGGGUGGUGCUGCUCGGCGAUUCGGCCUUCUGCCCGUGCCCCCUGACCGGCUUCGGCACCUCGCUGGCGCUCGCGGGCGCCUACGUGCUCGCCGGGGAGAUCGCGCGGGCCUGCAGCCGGGCGCACUCGGCGGGCGGCGGCGGCGCCGCCAACCCGUGGGACGCCAUCCCCGACGCGCUGGCCGCGUACGAGACGACGCUGAGGCCCCUCGUCACGCACGUGCAGGACAUGCCGGUCAGGACGAUCGUCCGGUACGCCAUCCCAAAGAGCGGCUGGGUCAUCACCUUCUACCAGUGGAUGUUCUGGCUGUUGAUCGGCGUGCUUCGGAUCGACAAGCUCCUGGCCAGGUUCGGGUCGGACGAUAAGGGGCAGUGGAAACUGCCCAUCUAUCCGGAACUGUCGAGUCCUGCGUAUAAGGAGCGGAAGUAAUCAGGGCCGACAGCGAACUACUCAGUGUAUGGGAAGACACCUACGGACGGUCGCUCGCCACUCUCGUCGCAGCAUGUUUUUAUCUUUUGUAUCAUAGUCGCAUCGCUUGGCGUUCAAACAGAUACCACUCUUGUGAUUGUAGGAUAGCAAUACCACAUUACCAUGGUUCAAACAUCGUGAGCAUUUUCGC